UGCCUCCCCUUCUCAUUCUUCAUAAAGCGACUCAAAAGCGCUAUACUGAGGAGCAGAAAGUCUCCUAAAAAGUUAAGGACGCUUGUUCAUUUUUUUUGGCGUGUUUCCCCAUUGAAACACUUUUAGCCGGAAAUCUGGGUGUGAAGAUAUAGCCUAUAAGCAGGGUGACAUCGAUUGGGACGGUCCUGCUGCUGCUAUAAAAGGGAGACACUUGAGCUCCGUUCCUUUCAUCCUCAAACGCCAAAAUGAGCUACGGAUCCGAAGUCUAUUCCUCUUCAUCCUACCGGAAGAUUUUCGGGGAUUCUCCGCGUUUCUCGACAUCCCCGUCCAGAAUGAGUGCACCCCGAAGCGGCUACCGGUCCGUGUCUCAGUCCAGGACCACCAGCUCAGGUCUAGGCUCCUAUAAGCGCAUUGGGCGCACCGGCUACCCAUCAUCAACCUCUCCGAUGGGGAUGGACACGUUUGACUUUGCGCAAAGCACCGCGAUGAGCAACGAGCUGAAAAUCAUUCGCACAAAUGAGAAGGAGCAGAUGCAGGGCUUGAACGACCGCUUUGCCACGUUCAUCGAGAAAGUGCGAUACGUAGAGCAGCAAAACAAGGCGCUGGAGGCCGAGCUGGGGGCGCUGCGUCAGCGUCACACGGAACCCUCGCGUCUCGCUGACCUCUACCAACAGGAGAUCCGGGAGUUGCGUGCGCAGCUGGAGCAGGUGUGCGCCGAGCGGGAGCGCGCUGCGCUGGAGCGUGACGCCGCCGAAGAGGAGCUGCACAAGGUGCAAGAACGCUGCGAGGAGGAGGCACGCCGGCGCGACGAAGCCGAGCGCACACUGCAGGCUUUCCGCAAGGAUGUAGACGACGCGUCUCUGGCGCGCCUUGACUUGGAGAGGAAGGUAGAGUCACUGCUGGAUGAGAUCGGCUUCCUGCGCAAGGUGCACGACGAAGAGGUGGCCGAGCUGACCAGCGUCAUCCAGGCAUCGCAGGUGUCAGUGGAGAUGGAGGUCGCCAAGCCUGAACUUACCUCCGCACUGAAAGAGAUUCGCGCGCAGUAUGAGUCGCUCGCCUCUAAAAAUCUGCAGUCAGCCGAAGAGUGGUACCGCUCAAAGUUCGCCGACCUGAACGAGCAGGCGAGCCGCAGCAGCGAGGCGAUCCGCGCCAGCCGUGAAGAGGUCAAUGAGUUCAGGCGUCAGCUGCAGUCCAGGACAAUCGAGAUCGAGAGCCUGCGGGGCACCAACGAGUCCCUGGACAGGCAGAUCCGCGAGAUGGAGGACCGGCACAACGUCGAGGUCAUGGGCCUUCAGGACACAAUUGGUGAGAUGGAGAAUGAGCUAAGGACCACUAAGAGUGAGAUGGCUCGUCACUUGAGGGAAUACCAGGAUCUUUUGAAUGUUAAGAUGGCCCUGGAUAUUGAGAUUGCUGCUUACAGGAAACUGCUGGAAGGAGAGGAGACCCGUCUAAGCACAGGCAUGACCUACCCUAUUCCAGGUUCCAUCUCCAGCACCCCGAGCUACAACUACCAGAGCCGUAUCUACACCAGCUCUACCAAGAACAUCAAGAAGGAGAGAGAAGACGAGGACAAACCGAGUGGCGGGUCAGACAACUCCGUUUCCAAGAAGGCUGAAAAGCAUGAUAUUGCAGAUGUUGAAGCUGUCACCUCAAAGAAUUAAGUCUUAUUUUCCUCCUUAUUUCACACCUCACUUCCCCCUCCACCCCCACCCCAACAAUUUUCCUCCA